AUGAGUGGUGGAUGGAAUACCAUCGAGUCCGAUGCAGGCGUCUUCACAUAUCUGCUUGAGAAUCUUGGUGUCAAGGGCGUGCAGUUUGAGGAGCUACUGACUCUCUCCCCCGACGAGCUAGCCCCGCUGCAGCCCAUAUACGGCAUCAUCUUCCUCUUUCGAUAUCCCUCCGAGGGCCUCCCUGCGCGAUCGCAAGAAUCCUACGACCGUGAUGCUGCCGAACGUCUUUUCUUCGCCCAACAGACGAUCCAGAAUGCGUGCGGUACGCAAGCGCUCCUGAGUGUCGUUCUCAAUAAGCCCGAAGAGGUGGAUAUUGGCGAAAAGCUCUCAGAGUUCCGCGAGUUCACAAUGGUUCUGCCGCCCGAAUUCCGUGGCGAAGCUCUCAGCAACUCGGACCUGAUCCGCGAAGUGCACAACAGCUUUGCCAAAAGCAGCCCCUUCGUCGACGAGACGCAGAAGACGGGCGAGGCCGAGGACGCUUUCCACUUCAUUGCCUACACGCCCAUUGAUGGCAAGCUCUACGAACUAGACGGACUGCAGCCUGCGCCCAUCUCGCACGGCGUCUGCACGACCGAAGAGUUCCCGAACAAGGUGACGCAAGUGCUACAGGACCGUAUGCUCACGUACGCCAGCUCCGAAAUUCGGUUCAACGUGCUCGCCAUGGUGCGCGACCCUAGAAUUGCUGCCAAGGAAAUUGGUGACGCCGAGACACUUGAGCGCGAGAACGAGAAGCGCCGCAACUGGCGGUUCGAGAAUGCCCUGCGCCGCCACAACUUUGUCGGCUUUGCGGGCGAGGUGCUCAAGGGUGUUGUGGCGCAGAAGGUCGAGAGUGGAGAUGAAGCGUACGAGGCGUGGAUCAAGGAGGGCCUUGAGCGGAGGAAGAGGGAUGAGGACGCAGUGAGGCUGAGACGGAAGAUGGGUGGCGGCGGUGACAACGAUGAGGAGAUGAUCGGUUGA